CAACAGAGUGGACUAAGAUCCAUAUUCCGUAUUCCAUGAUGUUUUGGUUCUCUCUAUUCUGCUUGCACGUGUUUGCGUGCUGUGUUGAGGCACAUGGCCCGCCAAUCGAUCUGCUGAUUCAUGAGCCAAAUGAUAGGCCUCAUCAUGUGCGUAAGCACAAUAUGCACAGACCGCCAUACAAGCGUUACGAUUGGUACAUUCACUAUCCAAAGGACCAGCGACCCGAUGAGCCCCCAACUAGGAAGUCCCACGAUCAAUUGCCUGGCAAUACGGCAGCGGACUUGACUGCUGCGGUGGUGGAUGAAAAGCAAAAGGCGACGCAACUGGAAGAGUUGGAGACCUCAGCCAGGCUGAACAAAGCUGCGCAAUGGAAAGAGCAGCUUGCCGCCGCCCCAGUGCUGGGCGAACAGGAAACUCUGAGAAUUCUUUUCGAAAUCGAGUAUCUGGCCAAGAAAAUUUUGGAAGCUAGACAACUUGUAAAACGAAGGUCAAAACAUCAUCACCGUCGCAGGCAUCACUAAUUCGAUUUGCGCUCAAAUUCCAUUUCUAAUUUAAAUAGGGAGUAAAGAGGAGUUGAGCGUAGAGUUCUCCAAACAUAAGCUUUUCGUGUCUGAAAUGAAUCGUUUCGUGUUCCAGGUGUUGCUUUUAGUGGUGGUGGUGCUGGCCAUUGGUGACACUUUUGCUGCCACUUUUCUGCCCAAGGGCGACGCUGAAGCGCAGGGGAAAUGGCUGAAGAAGAACUACCCAUAUCUGGCCGAUUCUUGCGCCACCACACACACUCUGACGCCUGAAAAAAGGGAGGAAAUGCUCAGAAAGCUGCGGAUUGUAUCAGAGCAUUUGGCCACAGUCUGCGAUGAGUUUAUGGGCGAUAAUAAAUCAAAUUAAACGCUUAAAUCGCUUAAGGCGUUGAGACAGUCACGUGACUCAUUUCACUAUAGACAGUCACAGCAAGAUGUCCACUCUCUGCUGGCUAGUGUGCGCUUCCAUGCUGCUGGGCGUUGCCUGUGCCACGACGUGGCAGGAGGCCUUUAGCCGGGAGGAGCUGCAAAAGUACGGCCCAAAGCGUUUGAUCGAAUGGAUCAAGGCCAAUUAUCCGAACAUUGCAGAGGUGUGCUGGAGCAAGUACCGUGCCGUGAUGAAUCCCGGCGGAGGAGGUGUGCUGCCCGCAGUAGAGCUACAAAAGUUCAAGGAUUAUGUGAGGAGGCAACUGGUGCUGUUGCAUGUGAUAUGCAACGAUGGAAUCUAUGAACUUUACAAGACUUAAAUGAAAUGGAGUCUCAGAGUCAUCAGUUUAGCCAGCAGCGGCUGCAACUUUAAUUGUAACUAUCUUUUCUGGGGAGGGGUUCCACUUAAUAAACGUCGACAUCGAA